AGGAGCUUUUCAGAAUGACAGUACGCAGAAGUGAACAGUGCUUGUUCAUUAUACAGGGUCAUCCCGGCUCCUGUGCUCCAACGCAGCUUCCCUAGCUGGAUUGAGGUGCUCGCUAUGAGAACUGCUGCCCAAUGGAAUACAGACAGAUGAAUCCAGAGAUCUGAGCAUCGCUUGGGGAGGAAUACACCAUGCUUUGCCCAGGGAGAUUGUAAAGAAGCCAGGUUUUUCUCACUGUAAAGAUGCAAAAAGGCACCAUCCAUGAAGAUCCUAUUACCUAGGAACAACUUGACAUUCUGCUGCAAAUGCUGUGCUGGGAUUUAUUUAUUCUGGGAGGAUUCUGCAUGGCUGGCAAAGAAUAAUGUUUCGAAAUCGGUCCAUCUCCCAAGGGGUCCAAUUUUUCUUCCUGGGUGUCAGCAAGCCCUGACUCACCACAGAGCAGCUGACAGGGGCUGUCAUGCUUGUGGCACCCUAAGCAAAAAGCAAAAGACCUAAGGACGACCUUUGAACAACACAAAGGAUGGGUUUCAAUGUAUUUAGGCUAUUGAGCGGAUCAGCUGUAGCCCUGGUAAUAGCCCCUACUGUAUUACUGACAAUGCUUUCAUCUGCUGAACGAGGAUGCCCUAAAGGCUGUAGGUGUGAAGGCAAAAUGGUCUAUUGUGAAUCCCAGAAAUUACAGGAGAUACCCUCAAGUAUAUCAGCUGGUUGUUUAGGUUUGUCCCUGCGAUAUAACAGCCUCCAGAAACUAAAAUACAAUCAGUUUAAAGGUCUUAAUCAACUCACCUGGCUCUAUCUAGACCAUAACCACAUCAGCACCAUUGACGAAAAUGCUUUCAAUGGAAUACGCAGGCUCAAAGAGUUGAUUCUGAGUUCCAACCGAAUUGCCUAUUUUCUUAAUAACACCUUCAGACCUGUAACAAACCUCCGGAACUUGGAUCUUUCAUACAAUCAGCUGCAGGCCCUGGGAUCAGAACAGUUCAGGGGCUUAAGAAAGCUGCUGAGUUUACAUUUGCGGUCUAAUUCCCUGAGAACAAUCCCUGUGCGGAUUUUUCAGGACUGUAGGAACCUCGAACUCUUGGACCUGGGCUACAACAGGAUCCGAAGCUUAGCAAGGAACGUCUUUGCAGGCAUGAUCAGGCUGAAGGAGCUUCACCUGGAGCACAAUCAAUUUUCUAAGCUUAACUUGGCACUUUUUCCAAGGCUCAUCAGCCUUCAGAACCUUUAUUUACAGUGGAAUAAAAUCAGCGUUAUAGGGCAAACGAUGUCCUGGACCUGGAGCUCAUUACAAAGGCUUGAUUUAUCUGGCAAUGAAAUAGAAGCUUUCAGUGGACCUAGCGUUUUCCAAUGUGUGCCCAAUUUACAGCGCCUCAACCUGGAUUCCAACAAGCUCACAUUUAUCGGGCAAGAGAUUUUGGAUUCUUGGAUAUCUCUCAACGACAUCAGCCUCGCUGGGAAUAUAUGGGAAUGCAGCAGAAACAUUUGUUCCCUAGUAAACUGGCUCAAAAGUUUUAAAGGGCUGAGGGAAAAUACAAUUAUCUGCGCCAGCCCCAAAGAGCUGCAAGGGGUGAACGUUAUUGACGCAGUGAAAAACUACAGCAUCUGUGGCAGAAGUACAACGGAGAGGUUCGAACUGCCACGGGCUCUCCCCAAGCCAACCUUUAAACCCAAAGUGAUUAGGCCUAAGCACGACAGCCAGCCCCCUCUGCCCCCCACUGUUGGGGUCACCGAAGCCAGCUUGGAGCCUGAGCAUGACACAGAACACAUCUCCUUCCAUAAAAUCAUUGCGGGAAGCGUGGCCCUUUUCUUGUCGGUGCUGGUGAUCUUGCUGGUGAUCUACGUCUCGUGGAAGCGUUACCCUGCCAGCAUGAAGCAGCUGCAGCAGCGCUCUCUCAUGCGAAGGCACAGGAAAAAGAAACGACAGUCCCUGAAGCAGAUGACUCCAACCACACAGGAAUUUUAUGUCGAUUAUAAGCCAACCAACGCCGAGACCAGCGAAAUGCUGUUGAAUGGAACAGGACCCUGCACGUAUAGCAAAUCAGGCUCCAGGGAAUGUGAGAUACCUUUAUCUAUGAAUGUGUCAACGUUUCUUGCAUACGACCAGCCUACGAUAAGUUACUGUGGUGUGCAUCAUGAACUUCUUGCUCAUAAGCCCUAUGAAUCAAAUGCACAGGAAGAAACAAUGGAGACACACCUAGAGACUGAUUUGGAUCUGAGCACAAUCACAACAGCAGCACGAAAUCAGUGAUCAUGUCAUCAAGCUGGCUCGAGUGGCCUGAAUUACAGCCAAGAGUUGCCACCAAAUUUUUAUUUCACAUGAAGGAGGAAAUUAUUUCUUCGAUGACAGAUUCCAAAAUCCCUGUUCAGUUAAAAAAAAAAGUUACACAUUACAACAUAGAUUGUUUUCAGUCUACGAUUUGUAAUUAGCUAAUUUGUGCAGUAUUUUUUGACUUUAAAGAAAGAGUAUGAUCCUUAAAAUAAAUCUUUUUUCAAAACUCAUCCUACCUACCUGUAAAAAACUGUACAGAUCUAAUGUAUUUUUUCAUAUUGUAAAGUUUCAAUAUACUGAGAUGUAUUGGUAUGUACAGGACCAUGAUUUAUUUACAUCUUACUUUACAAAUUUCAGUUUCUAAAAAAAAUAUUAAUUAACAGAAGUUAUUUCUUGCAUUAUAUUCAGAGUUUCUCAGUUUUGUAGGAACUGUUUUGUUACUGCUUUUCGGCCCAGAAAAAAAAAUGCACUUCACUCUGAAAUUCUUUGUUGUGCAAAAACCUGCACACCUUUUAUCACACUGACUGCAUAGAGAAUUCUAUCUACUUGUUCCAGAAAUAAUCCAUUAACCAAAUGGAAGAUUUGAUUGUUCAAGCUUAUAUAGACAUGGUUUUUUCUAAUAAAUAGAAAUCUAAGAAGGUUUUGUUAAAAAAGAAAAGAAAAAACACACAGUUCUCUGAAUUAACUGUUGCCUUGAAUUACAGCCUGGUUUCUAAAGCAAUGAAAUGUAAUGAUAAAGAGGGAUAUUUUAACAACAUAUCUCUGAACAAAUGACUCAUUGUUUUAUUCC